UCACCGCCUCUCCGUCUUGUCACGGUCGUGCAUGUAGCGCCGCUCCGCAUACCACUGAGUCAAGGAGGUCCGGUGCUCGUGUGUGUCUCUGCAGCCUGUGUUGGGUUCUUGGGUGUGCAUCUAUCUACCUCUGAGUCGAGUCCCUCUGAGUCGAGAGCCAGGUGGCCGUGUGGUGGAUAUGGCUGUCUCUGCCACUCGUCCUUCCGCACGCCGUACCGCCCAGAGAAGGUCAGCUGAUCAACAAAUGAGUGACAAGGACAGAGAGAUGUGUGGUGCUUUGAGACUGCCGCUCCCCACCCCUCCACCCGUCCCACCUGCGUGUGCUGUCUGUCGAUGGGGACUAUCUGGUCGUUUGUCUUGCAGUCCAUGACGCCCAGCACACUGAUCUCGGAGUGCUUGCUCUGCGCAUGUCGUGCCUCGCCGUCGUACCAGCCCCAGUCCGCAUCAGCAGCCCACUCCUCAUCCAGCAGUGACGCACCGCCAAACACGAAAACUUCACUAUACACAGGCAUCUGGGCGGCAAACAAAGACCGGGGAGUACAUUGUGUUCAAACGUGGGACGUUUCUGUGGUGUGCAGCCCACCUGCCGCUCCACACCGCCGCUGCACAU